AGGGCUCAACAUCACCGGAACCAAUUAAGCGCACUUUACGCACAGGACUUUUACGCACCGGACCGGACACACCAAUCCAAGUAGCGCAAGACAAAAAAAAAAAAAAAAAGUCAUGAAGCUUGGAGUUUUGUGUGGGAAAAUGGAUGAGAUGUUCAAAGCUCCGGAGGGAGGGACGUUGUCGCCUCUCCCCGCCGAUGAGGAGCUGGGCUCGGAUGGAGACUUCGCGGCGCACAGCCCUGCUGCGAGCGGGACAUCCAAGCCGUACACCAGGAGACCCAAACCGCCCUUCUCCUACAUCGCCCUCAUCGCCAUGGCCAUCCGGGACUCCCCGUCCGGCCGCCUCACUUUAGCCCAAAUCAACGCGUAUCUCAUGAACAAGUUCCCCUUCUUCCGGGGCGGCUACACCGGCUGGAGGAACUCGGUGCGCCACAACCUGUCCCUCAACGACUGCUUCCACAAGGUGCUGCGCGACCCUUCCCGGCCGUGGGGGAAGGACAAUUUCUGGAUGCUCAACCCCAACAGCGAGUACACGUUCGCGGACGGCGUGUUCCGGCGCCGGCGGAAGCGCCUCAACAUCCGCUUGAGUAAACAGCAGCAGCGGGAAGGCUCGGAGGACCGCGCAAGCUCGCCUAAGAAGUUCACCAGCUCCUUCACGAUAGACAGCAUCCUCAGCAAGCCCUUCUCCAAACACGAUUUCCCACGCGUGGAUCACUACAGCGGCGUGAUGAUGACGAUGCACUAUUUCCAUUCACCUGCUGCCUCUUUGCUGCACGUCAAGCCGACGUAUCACAUGGACCCCGGGACUGCGCAUGCGCCGAUGUGUGGGCUCCUUUUACAAACUUUGUGAAGCUUUUUAAUGGCGCUUCUUUAUUCUUCAUGUUGCAUCAUCGUAAAUCAUGUGCACGACUGCAAGAAGGAAACAUGAUUAUAUUUGACUUUGGUGGAGGUUUUCUUUUUGACAUUUCGUUUCCCGUUUUGCUUGUGUGAUGUAGCUGAAAUAGGCUCCAGCACCCCCUGACAAGCGGUAGAAAAUGGAUGGAUGGAUGGAUCUGUCACAAUAACUGUUACUAAUAUUGUAAAGCUGUCGGUUUGCACUUUCUUUACAAUACAUGUUUGUUUCAAAAUAAAACACUCUCAAGUUGUUCUGUAAA